UCUCUCGACUCGUAAAGCAACUACUCUUCUGGUGAAUUUGGUGUGCUUUCUUUGACUUAACACGCAGGAAAACAUGUCUUCCAAUCAACAAUUGAGGGAGGAGCUUGAUGCCAGGGCAAGGAGAGGAGAGACAGUAAUCCCUGGAGGCACUGGGGGUAGAAGCCUUGAAGCCCAAGAACACCUGGCUGAAGUAUUAUCUUUAUUAUUUGCAGGGAGGAGCCGUGGAGGACAGACAAGGAAGGAACAGCUAGGGACAGAGGGGUACCAACAAAUGGGACGCAAGGGUGGGCUUAGCACCACGGAUGAGUCUGGUGGAGAACGCGCAGAGAGGGAGGGUAUCCCCAUCGACGAGUCAAAGUUCAAGACCAAGAGCUAAAUUCAUAUGUAGUG